AAUAAAAGAUGCGGCCUCACCCUCACUUACCUAAUGGGUUUGUUGACAAGUUGACCCACCACCUUUUUAUUUAGUAUAACCUUUUUCUUUUUGGGUUUUUCCAUUUGAAAAGUUUGUGCUUUUCUGUAUAUUUAUUAUUUAUUUCCAACUCUGAUACGAGACAACGAGAAUCAAAUAUGUUGCACACCUAAAGAGAGAGAGAGAGGGAGGGGCACGGAAAGAAAGAGAGUGUGUUGUAGUAUUCUACUGUAGAGAGGCCGAGGUUUGGGUUAUUGUAAGAUGGCGUCAAGGGUGUGGGCAUCAAAGGCUGCUUCAUACCUCAGGAUCUCAGUGUUCCACAGAGGCUUCUCUUCUGUUGUGAAGGAUCUAAAGUACGCAGAUUCCCAUGAAUGGGUAAAAGUUGAAGGUAACUCUGGUAUCGUAGGCAUAACCGACCAUGCUCAGGAUCACUUAGGCGAUGUUGUAUAUGUCGAAUUACCUGAGGUUGGGGCUGCUGUAACACAGGGCGGCAGUUUUGGUGCGGUUGAAAGUGUCAAGGCUACUAGUGAUAUCAACUCUCCUAUUUCAGGGAAAGUGGUCGAAGUCAAUGAAGAACUCAACAACUCCCCUGGUCUGGUAAAUUCGAGUCCAUAUGAAAAUGGGUGGAUUAUAAAGGUGGAGAUGAGCAACACUGAUGAAUUGGAGUCCUUGUUUGACUCGGAUCAAUAUUCCAAGUUUUGCGAAGAAGAAGAUGCAAAGCAUUGAGUGAAACCUUGCAGUGUGAUGCAGGCAAUCCUUUUCUAAAGGUUUUUCUUUUUCUUUUUUUGGUGCAUUUACAGGUGGUGUUUUAAAAUCAAGGAAGCAAGAAAGUAUGCAUUUGUUAUUUAGGUUUCUUUAUCCAGUCAUGUGUUGCCAAUUCACUUCUCUUCUUUAAAUUCUGAAAUUUCUAUCAAAAUUAAGAAGUUUGCAUUUUGAAUUUUA